UUCGAGAAGCCUUCUCUUCUGAUCUCAUCACGUAAAUGUGAGCAAAGGAUGGCAACAGAUAUGCAAGAGCUUCAGUGUUUGCGUACAAAAAGAAACUCAUCAUCUUGCAGUUCCGCCUGGAAAGAUUUAGAAGGUAACGACAACAUUUCGCAGUACACGAGCCUGAAGGACAUUUUAGAUCAAUCGCCGACGAGGAGUUUCUCCUUCUGUUUGGACGCGAAUAAUGAAUUUGACCCUUCCAAUAUAACCAUAAAAAACGAGCUGGUUAGGCGCGCUGCGUCCGUUUACCUGCAAUCGUCAGCCUUCUUGAUCCCCAGAAACGAUAAUUGCUUGCCGGCGUUCUGCGAUAAGCUCAAGAGCAGGGCAGCUUCCGUAUAUUCGUGGUGGAGGCUUUCUGCCCUGAACCCUAUCAGGGCCUGUGUCGUUAAAUACUCCCCUGUUCCCAUGGACUCCGCCAGAGACGUCCCUGACUCUUCCCGCGACAUUGUCCACCACCUCGCUUCCACCAACGCCGUCGUCGUCUUCAGCUUCACCACCUGCUGCAUGUCCACCGUCGUCAAACGUCUCCUCUUCAGCCUCGGCGUCGGCCCCACCAUCGUCGAGCUCGACCAGCAUGCCGCUGGCCCUGACAUCCACGCCCUCCUCUACCGCCUCUCUGACUCCCACCACCCUCCCGUUCCCGCCAUCUUUAUCGGCGGCAACUUCCUUGGCGGCGUCCAGACCCUCAUGGCCUCCCACAUCAACGGCACCCUCGUUCGUCUUCUCAAGGACGCCGGAGCUCUCUGGCUCUGAUUCACCUCCUCUUUCGCUUCCCCAUGCUUCUAUAUAUACUAAUAUUAUCGCCCUCUUGCCUGUUUAUGUUCCUGUUUCAUUCACACUAAUUUAGCUCUCCGUUCCUUGCUGUUAUAUAGAGUGAAC